GCCGCCAUUUUAACAUCGGGCUCCCGGGGUGGCUGGACUGGGCGGCAGGAAAGGCGACUGAGCGUUGCUGAGGGAGAGACCCGGGAGGGGGGAGAAAAAAGCUCGAGGCGUUGGCCGCUAGCGGUCUGAAGUUAACUCACACACCUCCUCCUCCCCCCUCACCCUUUCCCCGUCCCUCCCUGGGCCGCUACUGAGAUGAGCAACUCGGAUAACCAGGCGGACGGGAACGAGAUGAAGAAGCAGGGCGGCAGCGUGCUCAAUAGGAUAAAGAGCAGAAAGAACCCAGAGCCCGAUGGCUUGACUCCGGUCACCGAGGCCGAGCUGCUGCAGAAGGACUGCAUCAACCCGCUCAACGUGCUGUGCCUACAGAGUGCCACCGAGACCUACUUGUGUAAGCCUGAAGACAACAUAUACAACAUUGACUUCACACGGUUUAAGAUCCGCGAUAUGGAAACUGGGACAGUUUUGUUUGAAAUUGCCAAGCCACCAUCCUCUGAGUUAGAAGAUGACGAUGAUGAGAAUGGGAGAUUGGAUUCCAGUUCUGGAAGGUUUGUUCGUUACCAAUUCACUCCUGCCUUCUUGAGGCUGAGAACAGUUGGUGCAACGGUAGAAUUUACAGUUGGAGACAAGCCUGUGAAUAGUUUCAGAAUGAUUGAAAGACAUUACUUCAGGGAGAAGCUGUUGAAGAGUUUUGAUUUUGACUUUGGAUUCUGUAUUCCUAACAGCAGAAAUACGUGCGAGCACAUAUACGAAUUCCCUCAACUCUCUGAAGAAAUUAUCCAAGAGAUGGUGGACAAUCCUUAUGAUACACGAUCUGACAGUUUUUACUUUGUGGACAGCAAGCUGAUCAUGCACAACAAGGCAGAUUAUGCAUACAAUGGAGGACAGUAGUGAAUCUGUGCACAAUUUAUAUUUCUGCAACACCAUCCAUUCGGUCUGAGCUUGCACUGAUAACGAAGAGGUUGGCUUUUUGGCUGGGUGAAUGAAUUACCUUUUAUCAUUUCUAUGCAUUCUGUACCAGAAGGAAAUGGUUUGGUUAAGUUUAUAAAGGUGAUUCAGUUGGAAAUUCCAUCCCUCGAUGUAUGUAUUGUUUACUAUAUCCUAAAAUGAAUGCCUAGUUGUGAUGAAAGAUUCCUCAUAAGAGAAGUACAUAUAUUUUUCUGUAUUUAUAGUCAAAGAUUAAUGCCACUGAGUUUGAACAUGGCCUUGAACUAUGUUCGAAUAAGAGGGAGUUUGAUUAGUGGUUCAAAUAAUUCCCCAUUUAAACAAAAAUGGCUGCAGGCUGCUGAGCCACUUUCUGUUACAGUGCACAUUUUUCUAAAAAAAAACAAAAUCCAUUUACUUUGUGACCACAUUGCAGUACUUCAAAUCUUCCAUGGAGCAGUAAGUAUCCAAGGCUGAACUUGAAUAUCUACAUUGAAUGUUACAUAUUUAUCACCAGCUGGAGUUUAAGUCUUCUCAAACAAUUAAAUGAAAAGACUUGCAAAAUUGUUUAUUUUUACAUUGAGGGGGGAAAAAUCUUAAAAAUGUGGUUGUCCUGGUUUCUAGUUCAGACAUUGUUUAUCUUCUAUUUUAAGGAUCUGAUCCUUUCUAAGUCUGAGUACUUUUUCAUAUUAAUUGUUGAAUGUGAGUAACAAAACAAGCACCAUUGAAAGCUAUUUAGAGCAUUACUGAGAAAUAGUUUUAUGAUAGUAGAAACUAUUGUGGGCCACUGAAGGUUCGUGGUUUUAUUUAAUUUCCUUGUUUUCUCACAUUGUUACAAUCUUCAACCAGCAAAAUAAAAAUGACUUUCCUGUAGUUGACAUAUGAAAAUACUAUCUCAAUUCUAGAUUAAAGUUUGAAGUUUUGAAACAGAACUAUAAUAUUUAUUAGUUCUUUUAAUUUCCUAUAUAUCUUGGAAAACACUGAUAUCCUGUAGCGUAGCUCACAAGUCAGAAAAGUUGGUUAUAAGGGAUACAAAGGUCAAGAUGAGCUAAAAUUUGCUCUUUAAUUUAGCCAGUGUGACUGAUUUCCAUUUAAUUCCAUUGACAUGACUUGAAUGUAUUUACCAGUGUUGGAAGUGAUUAUGUUAAAGGCAUAAGUUAGAUGAAACUGAAAUAUUCAUAUUUAAUUUCUGUCUGCUUUUAAUCAUAAAAGCUAUCUCUGGCACACCAUUUUGUAUAUUUUUAGUAUAUGUCUAAAACUUGAGACCAAUUGUUAAUUUUAUAGUUUGCAUCCUAUAACAAUACCUUUUUGAUUGCUGCUAAAUCUUUUAUGGCUUGGCUAGUAGUAAAAAGCAGCUGUGAGUUUAAACCUGUGGGGUCUCAGAAUUAAUCGCAGACUUUACAGGAAUUCCACUUCUGAUUUAAAUUUCAGACUGCAAAUUCCAGAAAAGUCUAUUACCAGCAUCUUUGCACUGGUAUCAAUCUGAACACAGAAAAAUCUGAUAUUGUCUCCGUUUUAUAGUCAUAGAUGAAAGAAGCUGCUUGGAAUUGAUAAUGACAGUUGAGUCAAAGAUUUGACUUAGUUAAAAUAUGUUGCUUGCAUUUGGUCUGUGCACACUUUAAAAUUUAGAUGAUACCUUGUCACUGGUGGGCACAGGAGUAUUUGUUAAGGGUAUUAGGAAAAUUGUUUCAUACCUGAUUGAUCUCGGAACAUGCUGAUAGUGCAAUGCUGCUAUCAGUAUCUUUACCAGAAUUAGUUUAUCAUCAAGUCAUUGAAAAGUCAAAGUAGAGAUGGAAUAGUUAAUUAUUUCUUGGUAAUUUAAAAACAUUUUUAGUUUAAAUUGUGAUGUGAAGAACUUUCUCUGUGUGAUUAAAUGUUAUCAAUAGUUGAAUAUUAUAAUCUUCCACCAUUGCAUUGAUAGUUUCCUUAAGACUUUUUUUCUGUUACUUCCAUGCUAGUAUGCAUCAAUGCCAUUAGCACCUGCUUUUUAAAAAAAUGUAAGCACAGCAAGAAUUGCAAUGGCUGAUGUCCCUUGAGGCAAAAUGCAAGUUCCUUUAGAUAUAUUAGGUGCUUGGAAUUCCACUAAUCUUAGCAAAGUGUUGAUUAAAUUUCAGUUUUAAUUUUCAAGUGUUCUUCCCUAAUCUGUUUUACUAUUUCUAAUACUCAGCUACUCUUUCCCCUCUCCUCUACCUCCCCCCCCCCAUCAUUUUCUUUUUCUGGCUUUUUCCCCUUCAUUUCCACUACUAAUGAAGGGUUGUAUCCCAAAAUGUCGACUGUUUAUUCCCAUCCAUAGAUGCUGCCUGACCUGCUGAGUACCACCAGCAUUUUGUGCGAUGCUCUGGAUUUCCAGCAUCUGCAGAUCUCUUGUGUUUAUGGCUGUUUCUAUUUUUCUCUUGCUACCUUUUCACCAUAGUUUUCAGCAAAAGAAAAUUGCCCAAAGGUCUAGCAAACACCACUGAUAAAGAAACCAUUAGGGAAGAGCUUGAAUGUGGUUGAUUGAAACUGAUGAACCCAGGGUCUAAAAUAGGACAUGGUGAAGUUGGCUGGUUACUUUUUUUGAUAGAUGGAGAGGGAGCUAAAGGAAAUCAGACUUCCUUUGUAGGAAUUGGCAGAUGAACUUUUGUUAUUGAUCUGGUUGUUUUCACUGGCCAAUGGAAACUUGGAUCUCAUGGCUUGUGUGAAUCUACACUUACAUAGUUUCUGAGCACAGACUAACAUUACUAUGAGGGUAAAUGUGUUUACAUCUGGUAAUAGAUUUGGGUAGAGGUUAUGAGUUAAUUUUUGUUCAGUCAUGCCUUUUGAUGUACUAGACAAGCAAGGAAUCACAGUUAAUCUAUUACAUGUAAUUUAUCAAGAACUUUAUUAUUCUGUCAGCUGGUGUUCUUUGGUAGUUCUGCACCUUUUUGUGCUUUUAACUGUUCUGAUUUCUGAUCUACUUAUGGCACGAAAAUUUAUGGAUAUUGUUUGUAUUUCUAAGCUGUUAGCUGGCACUGCCACAAAUCAGAGCAAGUGUAUAAGCAGUUUUUUUUUUGUUUUUACUAUUAGUUGCUUUGUAUAAUAUUAAAUGUAUACCUAUAGUAUCAGCACCUUUCGCCCCUUUUCAGUUAGUUGCCAACAUAAUUUAAAUUUUGAAACAUUUAUGAAAAAUUGAAAUGCCACUAUCUGAUACUUUUGCGGUUGCAAUUGUACAUUUCAAUGGUUCAAAGGUUGCAUUUAAUAUCAGAGAAUGUAUACAAUAUACAAUCUGAAAUUCUCACUCUCUGCAGACAUCCUCAAAACAGAAGAAAAAGAUCCCCAAAAAGAAUGACAGAAAAAAAUGUAAGAACCCUCAAAGACCUGUAUAUCCCUCCAUGCGCGAGCAGCAUCAACCCUCCCCCCACCCCCCCUUCCACAACCACUAUGCAAGCAACAGCAAAGCCCCCAAAGAGAAAGCAUGGUCUACAGUACAUCAGAAACUAACUGUUCAUUCCAACAUUUCGACAUCACACAGGUGCGCGUUCUCACCUCUCACUCUCGAGACAGAUAUCACUCCUUCCACAGCGAAAACCAAGACAGGCAGUCACUGUUUUGAUGUUACAGUCAGUCUGAAGCAUUUUUAUUCUACAGUUCCCUGACUCGAGAAUUGUCAGCAAACUCUCACCAUCAAGAGAGAUCAGAGUCCAGAGGUCUUCAUUUGGAAGUAUUUGACAUGCUUCCUAAAAGUCUUACUUCAUCAGUUUGGAGUCUGUUUUGGUCGUCUUGCUCAAUUUAACCUACAAAUGCAAGUUUGAUGUGAAUUGAUGCACAAUGUAUUCUGAUUUUCAAUGUGGAGGGUUGGGUUCUUCUGUUCAGUUCUGCCAAGUUCCUACUACAAAUUCUGUUCCAAUGUUAUCCCUUUCACCUUAAGUUUGUGUAUUUUUUUCGAUGUUAAAGUACUUCAAUUGGUGCCACUUGCCACCUUCAAAUCCCACCAUAAGUUAGUGGAUCCCCCACUGGGUCAGCUUUCUUUACCCGCCAUGUUCUUAAAGUGAAAGCUGAAAAUGCCAGAGUUGCUUUAAUUUGAAGGUCUGUAUUUAUGAAUUUUAAAUUACAAUUGUAUGGUCAACCGCAAGUGAAAUUAUAGCAGGGACAGUAGUAAUCAAUUUUUUUCAGCUGUUAGUAAAUGAAUAUUACCUUUCUGUGUGUAGGUUGCCAUUAGUUAACAGCAUUUGUCUUAAAAAAAAGUCAUUGUUUUACAGGUAUGAUAUUGCAGUCCAUUGCUGUAUUUCUUUCUCCCCAGGUCCCUUUACAUAUUUUUCACUCUAUCCCAGAAAAAAAAUGUUUUGUUCCACAUUGCGGUAGAUUUUUGUCUUCAGUUGAUUAUUACAGUUCUUUUAUUAAUAAAAGACUUGAUGUUUCACAUUGCUUUUCAUUUGGAGCCAUAUUGUGGCCUAAAAAAAACUAUUAAUUGUUUUAUUUACAAUAGGAAAGAUUUGUAAUUUUUACUCUUGAGAAACUGGAAAAGAGGUGGUGAUACUUGCAAUGUACUAAUCCCUUGGACCAAUUACUAUUAUGUAAAUAUGGAAACUUUGUUUGCAGUUUACAGGCUGUGAUUCCUGAACUCCUCAAAAGCCUAAACAAGUUGAGCUGCAUAGUUCUACUAGGAAUAUUAAUUGGGUGAAUAAUGGAAGCAAAAUAGAAAACAGUUAUCCUUUGGAUUACACUAAAACAUUCCAUUAAAUAUGUUAACAUCUAGAACUUAAUACUUUUCCCAUAUUGGUUUCCUUUUUAAUCUAAUAUCCACCAUGGAAAAUAUAACCUGGCAUCUAGCCUUCCAUUUAUAUUAAUGUAUUGCAUAAGCUUUCCUACGUUGCUUUAGAAAUUGCAGAAAUUGCCAUAAAACUGAAGUCCUGAUUGAGGAAAAAAAUACUAAGAUUACUUUCUCAUUGGCAAGAAAAGUCCAUCUGAUAUGUAAUCAUGUAAAUUACCUUAAGUGUCUGAACAUUUGGAUCGUGACUUAGUCUUCAUGUUAUGUUUCCCAACUUCUGUCUCUGUGGCUCUAGGGUUGAAAUGCAAUGGAGGAAUUGAAACCAGAUUACUUGUUUUACUUUCUAUUCUGAAAACCAAUAAUUCUGUUAAAGACCAACAAAUGACUGGAUUUCUUAAAUAUAGUCAAAUGUAUCUGCGGAUGCCUGGAUGUGACUAUUAGUGUUACUGAACUGUAUUUUCAUUGCUGACUCGGUGUUCAUUGUCUUCUGAAUAAAGAGGGGUACAUUAAGUGUUGUUGUUUCUCUGUUGAAGUUUCUAUUGUACCAAACGUCUCUACUGUGAAGUUCCCGUCCCUUGGCGUUUGCUGACAGAAUUUGGAUGCGAUUGAUUGUACCAACUUACAUGAGUUAAAGCCAUUGUAUUUAUUACUCAUUGAUCUGGAUUCUCUGCAAUGAAAUUCAAGGUCUUCAAACUAUACAUAAAUUUGAAAGCUCAAGUAUUUUUUCAUAAGCUAUUUCCAAAAAUACUUCUUAAAAACUAAAAUGCUCAUCUGAACAAAGCUCAGAUACUGAAACGAAUUGGAAAUGCAUGCAAAAUAUAGCAGUUUGGAAAUUUUUCUUGGUGAUGGUGUAAUGGUUCUUGUAUUUGCAUACAAAUCUAUCUGUAAUAUUUUUGGUGUUUCACUCUUACACAGUUUACUUUUUCAUUGUUUCACUGUUUCAUCAAAACUUUGCCCAUUCCAUAUUGGUACCAAAUUGAAAUGGUGAUGUGAAAUGUAUUUUGGGGGCUUUUAUGAAAGGUAAUAAAUGUCACUGAGUAAAUUCUAUAUUUUUGAACAGCAAUUUGUUUAAUAUUUUCACAGCAAAUGUAAAAUGCAUACAUUCAUAUCUGUGACUGGAUGUUUUGUAAUUGCAUUAGAACGUUGAACUGUAUUUUGUAACACCCUGUCAUCAAUUUUUCAUGUUUUAAAGUGAUAGGUGGCUUGUUUGUAUAAAAUGUUAUUUUGUCACAACAGAAUAGUAAUAAAGAUUUUUGAUUUUCAAAUUGGCAUUUGCUAAUUGUGAUAGCCUUUGGAGCCCUGAACAUCUUACUACUCCUUCAGACAAAAACCAUGUGAGUGACAUAACUAACAUCUGCAAAACUUUUUUACCCAUUUGGGGUGCAGGAGUAAGGGCUCUCUGGAGAGCUGUUCUGCCUUUGCUUCUCUGCAGGCUGCUGCCCUCCUGUAAGAUAGCUGCCACACCAGUAAAUUCUAGCACCUGUUGUAUUAAUGGAGUACUAAAGUCAACAACGAUGAACAUUACUGGCUCCGGACAUUAAAAACACUUCAGUCACAUCUC